GUUUUUGGUCAACAAGUAUUGAGAACAGCAGAUGACGCUUUUUAGGUAGGUCUUUUCUUAGAGUCAACAGGCCCCAACAAGGCUUGUUACCUUAUUCUUAAAGGUGCUUGGAGACAACAGGUUGAUGAGAGGACAGACAUGAGGAUAAACUACCUUCUUUCAUGACCCACCUUGUCCUCAGGACUGAGGCGGAUUCAGUAGACCGAAUACUUGAUGUUCCUCCUUGUGAAAACCCAAAGACUUGGUUUGAUUUAGGCUUGACUUGUUCUUGCCGUUCAGAGUGAUCAUUUUUUGUCACUCUGUUUUGGAAUACACUGAUUUCUCAGGAGAAAUUGUUUGUGUAAAGCUUUCCUCCUGGAUUACUUGUGGAGAUUAGUGAUGGGGAAUGCGGCCGCAGGGGGCUUGGAGCAGGAACCGUCUGAGGUCCGAGAGGCCAGGAACUCAGUCGGUGGAGCUUCAGGAAUGAGUGACCCCGCUCCAACCUUGCAGAAGAAGCAGCCAGCUCCCCCUAAACUGCCAAUGCCCCCAGAGGAGGAGCUGGAGGAGCGCUUCAAUGUGGUGCUGAGCUACAUGAACCUGCCUCCAGACAAACUGCAGCUCUUGAGUCAGUAUGACAAUGACAAGAAGUGGGAAUUAGUCUGUGAUCAGGAGCGUUUCCAAGUGAAGAGCCCCCCCUCCACUUACCUGUCAAAGAUCAAGAGCUUUUACCAAGAUCAAGGAGGGGUGACUCGCAGGCUGAAGAAAAGGAUUCAAGAUGCCACUCAGGUCCUUAAAGAUUUGGAGAUAUCCCUUCGCACCAAUCAUAUUGGAUGGGCCCAAGAGUUUCUCAACGAGCAGAACAAAGGUUUGGAUGUUCUGGUGGAAUACCUAUCCCAUGCACAAAGUGACGCCUCGUAUGAUGUGGAGAGUGUUGAAAAUGGUGGCACCCUACCAGAAAGAGGAAAACCAGCAGAGAGGUCAAUGGAAGACUUGACCAAGAGCUCUAGCGGCUCUCACUCACAUGGGGUGAGCAGAGCUGCUCGAGCAUUCACUGUAAGAAUAAGCUCCACUCUGGGGAACAAGAUGUAUAAGAAGUCCCACUCAUCCAUUCAGAGAGAUGAUGUACACGUGUGCAUAAUGUGUCUGCGAGCCAUCAUGAACUACCAGUCUGGUUUUAACCUGGUGAUGACUCACCCACGCUGUGUGAACGAGAUCACCCUCAGCCUCAACAGCAGGAAUCCCAGGACGAAAGCCCUGGUGCUGGAGCUGCUGGCUGCAGUGUGCCUUGUCAGAGGAGGACAUGACAUCAUACUGUCUGCUUUUGACAACUUCAAGGAGGUGAGCAAAGAGAAGAACCGCUUUGAGAAGUUGAUGGAGUACUUCAUCAAUGAUGACAGCAACAUUGACUUCAUGGUGGCCUGCAUGCAGUUCAUAAACAUUGUGGUUCAUUCAGUGGAGAACAUGAACUUCCGUGUUCAUCUACAGUUUGAGUUCACUCACCUUGGGUUGGACAAGUAUCUCGGGAAUCUGAAGCAGACAGAAAGCGAGAAGCUGCAGGUUCAGAUCCAGGCCUACCUGGACAAUGUGUUAGAUGUGGGAGCUCUGCUGGAGGACGCUGAGAACAGAGGAGGGGUGCUGGAGCAUGUGGACGAUCUGCAGCAGCACAACAUGCAGCUGAACGCCCGGCUUCAGGAGGUCGAGACUCAGACUGCAGAGAGAAUAUCUGAACUUGAGACUCAGCUCAUGCAGGCCACCAAGGAGACGGAGCUGCUCAAAGAAAGCAUGCGAGAGUCCUGUUCACAGGUCAGUGCUUUGCAGCAGAGAGAAAGGGAGCGAGAGCUGGACAGGGAGAGGGAGAAGGACAGGGAGCGUCUGUCCACCUCCAACCCUCAGACAAGUUCAGAGCUGGAGCAGAAGAUCCAGGAGCUGCAGGACAAGGGCUUGAUCCGGCUGGGACGCAGCGCCUCUGGAGGCCUGGACAUCCAGGUUGUCCCCGUCACUGUGGUCGAAUAUGUCCAAGCCCCGCCCUCUGACGCCCCGCCCACUUCUCCACCCUCUGCCACAGAUUCUUCUUCCCCUCCCCCUCCACCUCCUCCUGGUGGUCCAGGGGGGGUUGCCUCUCCUCCUCCUCCUCCUCCUCCUCCGCCACCACCUCCACCUCUACCAGGCUGUGGUGCUGUGCCUCCCCCUCCUCCUCCUCCUCCUCCUCCACCUCCUCCCGGAGGAGGUCCACCACCUGCUCCUCCCCUACCUGGUGCCGGACCUCCACCUCCUCCUCCUCCUCCUCCUCCUCCCCCACCUGGUUCCGGACCCCCUCCUCCACCUCCUCCACCUGGUGCUGGACCUCCACCCCCUCCUGGUACUGGACCUGCGGUUAAGAGCAAGAAGCCCAUUCAGACCAAGUACAGGAUGCCAUUGUUGAACUGGCAAGCCUUAAAAUCAAACCAGGUGACAGGCACUGUCUUCAAUGAACUGGAUGACGAGCAGAUCUUAGGGGAGUUGAACAUGGAUAUGUUUGAGGAACAUUUUAAGACUAGGGCCCAGGGUAAAACAGAACUGCCCGCUAUCAAGAAGAAGGUGGCAACGAAGGCUCCGAGCAAGACGUCCCUGAUUGACGGCAACAAGGCCAAGAAUCUGGCCAUCACUCUACGCAAGGGGGGAAUGAAGCCGUCUGCUAUCUGCACCGCCAUAGAGACGUAUGACCAGCCGUCUUUGAACAUAGACUUCCUGGAAUGCCUCGUGCCCUUCAUACCGUCAGAUUUUGAGAUGAAGCUGCUGGUUAACUAUGAGAAGGAUGGACGUCCGCUGGAGGAGCUGACCAACGAGGAUCAAUUUGUUCUACGAUUUGGGAAGAUUCCUCGUCUGAACCAGCGAAUAAGCACGCUCACGUUCAUGGGCAACUUCCCAGACAGCGUCAAACGCCUGCAGCCGCAACUGAACUCAAUCAUAUCUGCGUCCAUGUCCAUCAAGUCUUCAACUAAACUUAAAAAGAUCUUGGAAAUUGUUCUCGCCUUUGGCAACUAUAUGAACAGCAGUAAGAGAGGAGCAGCGUACGGCUUUCGGCUGCAGAGUCUGGACCUUCUGUUGGAGACCAAGUCAACUGACCGUUCACAGACGUUGCUUCACUUCAUCACCAAUAUCAUUCAGGAAAAAUACCCCGACUUGGCCAACUUUCACACUGAGCUGCACUUUGUCGACAAGGCAGCGCUUGUAUCAUUGGAUGCUAUUGUUCAGAAUAUCCGUUCAUUAGAACGAGGAAUGGAAGUGACCAAAAAGGAAUUCCUGGUGCAGGACGACAGCCCUGUGCUGAAGGAGUUCAUCAAAGUCAACAGCGAGUCGCUGGAAACUUUGAUCAAAGACAUCAAGACAGCACAGGAGGCAUACGCUUCUGUGGUGGAGUAUUUUGGAGAGAAUCCCAAAACCACGCAGCCUUCCAUGUUUUUCCCGCCGUUUGGACGCCUACUAAAGGCAUAUAAGGCUGCACAGCAAGACAUUGAGCUGAAAAAGAAAAUGGAGAGUGAGAGCAGUGAGGAAAAGGUGUCAUCAUCACCUAACAAGGCUGGGUCACAAAAGGGGCCUAUGAUGCCUAAGAUGCCCCAGAUGGACCUGAUAGCCGAGCUGAAGAAGAGGCAGGUGAAGCCGCAGGUACGCGAGGGGAAGGACGGCGCCCUGGAGGACAUCAUCACAGAUUUGAGGAACACACCAUUCAGGCGGACAGAUGGUCGACGGCCAGCCCAGCGCCAGGACACUUGAGCCACUUCUGGUCCUCGACUUUUUACAGAUCACACUCAUCUCAUACAGACAGAAGAACACACUUUAAAAUGUUCUGUAUAUACAGUGUAUCAGAAAUAUAUAAUUAUUCAUAUGGCAGUGUGUAUUUUUGCCAAUACCCAAGUGUGAAUUUGCUGUAAAUAGAAUUUGAAGUUUGAAAUGUUUGAUAUUUUUAAUGCAACAGUCCAAUGACAUGUCUUGCUAAAAAAAACCCAAUUAUAAUUUCUGUGGCGCCUAAUAUGCUCUAAAUUUGUCAUGUUGCUACUAAUUGAGUAAUAAAAAAAAAAGACUU